GUGUUGCUGACGAGACGCUGAUCUGUAAAACAACAACAGUGGUGCUAAUAUUGGCACAUCUAGCAAUGUAUUAAAGUCAGGAACCAUGGUCAAAGACAAAUCCUGUGCCAUGCUAUUGCGUAGCCUUAUGUGACCGUUUGCUGCUUCACUUUUGUCGUGUUUGUAAUUAUUAGAUAAGAAAUAGCAGAGCCGGUGAAUAUACUUUGCAUGGCCGGUUAGAUAAGUUAGCUGAAAUGUCAUUCUCAGACUUGUCGUAGGUCCAUUUAUCUGAAAAGCGCCUUGAAAUCAUGACUCUUCCGGCUUUGCAGAACACUAGCGUGCUCUACCGAAGAGUACUGUCACAGUUCCCUCAAGACAUCAGCCUCGCAUUUGCCUAUGGAUCUGGAGUAUUCAAACAAAAUGGAACUAGCCAAGGUCAAAUGGGGAAAAACAUGCUGGAUUUUGUGUUCGCUGUAGACGAUCCAGUCACCUGGCAUACCAUGAACCUGAUGCAGAACAGAAAGCACUACUCUGUGUUAAAGUUCCUGGGUCCGAGGAAGAUCAGCUGGAUACAGGAUGAACAUGGAGCUGGGGUGUACUACAACACCUUAGUACCUGUGGAUGGAAGGAUAAUUAAGUAUGGUGUGAUCAGUACUGACUCUCUGAUUGAUGACCUGCUCCACUGGAAGACCCUGUAUAUUGCUGGCAGACUGCACAAACCGGUGAAGAUCCUAGUGCAGGGUGAGAACGGGAAGCUGCGUGCUGCGUUGGUGGGGAACCUGAAGAGCGCUGUGACUGCCUCCUUCCUCAUGCUGCCUGAGAGCUUCUCUGAAGAGGACCUGUUCCUGCAGAUUGCUGGGCUCUCCUACGCUGGGGAUUUUAGGAUGGUGAUUGGAGAAGACCGUUCCAAGGUGGCUAACAUUGUCAAGGAAAACGUCCAACACUUCCGCAUCCUGUACAACAAUAUUCUGCAAGAGUGUCCACAGGUGGUGUACAAGCCGCAACAGGGGAAACUGGAGGUGGAUAAGAGUCCAGAGGGUCAGUUUGUCCAGCUGAUGGCCCUCCCCAGGACACUGCAGCAGAGGAUCACACGACUGGUGGACCCGCCAGGGAAGAACCGGGACGUGGAGGAGAUACUACUACAGGUGGCUCAGGACCCAGACUGUGGUUCUGUGGUGCAGCAAGGGAUAUCGUCAAUAGUGAAGUCUUCAAGCAUAACUCAGACUGCCAAAGGAAUCGCCACGGCUGGGCUGCUGAAGUCGCUGUCCUAUAGCACCAAGAAGCUCCAGAAGAUGUGGAAGGGCUGGAGAAUGAAGACACCCUGAUCCUCCCAGUUAUAUUUAAGCAAUAAGGCCUGAGGGGGUGUGGUAUAUGGCCAAUAUACCACGGCUAAGGGCUGUUCUUACGUACGUACGAACGACGCAACGCGGAGUGCCUGGACACAGCCCUUAGCCGUGGUAUAUUGGCCAUAUAUCAAACUCCCGAGGUGCCUUAUUGCUUAAAUAUAACUGGUUACCGAUGUAAUUAGAGCAGUAAAAAUACAUGUUUUGUCAUACCCGUGGUAUACGGUCUGAUAUACCACGGCAAUCAGCAUUCAGGGCUCGAACCACCCAGUUUAUAAAUGGUUAUAUACUGUACAGUCCCUUUCUGCCUGGAUGAACUGAAAUACCAACCUGUUCCCCUUGGGGGGGUCAUUGUUCAAGAAGAUGCAGCAUCACAGAAAGUUUUAGAUUUGAAAUGUGUUGUUUACAACAUAUAUACGAUACUCUGUCAUGCACAAUAGGGAAUUGUUACAUUUGUAUCUGCAGCGUUGUGAAUGUUUCACCUAACUGAAUACAACCCAGUUACACAAAGAGGUCCUUUUAAAAUGAAGCCCUGUUUCCCUGCACCCGUCUUAAUCUACAUGUCUAUAGGGUCUGUUGCCAGUUUUAAUCGGCCAUUACCUGGGGUGUAUUAAUCUACAUGUCUAUAGGGUCUGUUGCCAGUUUUAAUCGGCCAUUACCUGGCGUGUAUUCAUUCCGCCAAACCAAACUUUUUAGUUGCAGAUGUUUCGUCAAACAGAACAAAACCGGGAGUGCUGAGCGGAUUAAGAGAAAUUUUGUUGGAGGCGGCUUAUGGUAGACGAAUUAACAUUCAAUUCUAUGGAAACAGCUCCGGUGAACAUUCUUGCAAUCAGCGCGCUCCCUCAACUUGACAUCUGUGGCAUUGUGUUGUGACAAAACUGCACAUUUUUAAAGUGGCCUUUUGUCUCCAGCAAAAGGUGCACCAGUGUAAUGAUCGUGCUGUUUAAUCAGUUUCUUGAUAUGCCACACCUGUCAGGUGGAUGCAUUACUAACACUGCAUCACUAACAAAUUUGUGCACGAAAUUUGAGAGAAAUAAGCUUUUUGUGCAUUUCAGGGAUAUUUUACUUCAGCUCAAGAAACAUGGGACCAACACUUUUUUUUUUUUUUUUUUUAUAUGUUGCGUUUUUAUAUUUUUCUUCAGUGUACAAUGACCAUAAUCCAUUGCACGCCUACUUGUCUGGUCUGUGUGGUGCAGACAUGAAGAGACAGAAGAACACGGUGAUUGAGAGCAGCUGCUUUGUGAGGUAUCUCUACCUGAAAAUACAUGUUCCAAGUGAGUGGUAGUUGGUAUUCAGCAGUCAUAACAGCCAUAUUUACUUUGAAGAACUACUAAAAUACAGAUUUUUGUCAGACAGCAUAGACAGCAGCUCUAUAGCGAUGAGAUGACUUGGAAUUCAAAUAAUAAAGUUAUCAUAUAGACCUAAAACAGCAGAAAUACUUUAUUAAAGUAAUGUGAAUAAAUGACGGUUAAGAGAUGAGCAGUAAUGGACAGUACCGUCAUGGGACUUAUGUUUUAUUCUGUGUCAACCCAUAAUGCAUUUCAUGUCGAAACAAAAAUAAUUGAAACCAACAUCGAAAACCAGGCACAAGGAGGGACCUACCUGAAUUUGUCUAAUAGAAACUCUCACCAAACUAAAAUGUUUUGUUUGGCAGACUGAAUACUCCCCUGGAUAACACCAUGGUACAUUGUGUGUCACCCACAAUGAUGUAGGGUGUAAGUGACUUUUUAGUGCACUUGAAAAGAGAAUGAAAGAAACAGUAUGUCACUUAUAUCUUUGUAAAAUGGCAGUUUUUAUGAGAAUGGAUUAAAGUGUUAUCACCUUG